AUGUCUUUAGAAUGGGAUGUCAUUGAAAUUCCUAAGGCGACCACCAUACGCCUCCGACGGGCCCUGUGCGUGGGAGAGGCCUUUCGUCUCCGCAGCCGCAUUGUCACCUGGGACGAGAAGGCCUUCUUUCUGGAGCAGCGCUUCGUCUCGGGGAAGGAUGCCCGCGUGUCCGCUGUCAUGUACUGCAAGCAGAACAUCGUCGGCUGCAGCCCAGACAAGAUCCUCCAGUUCCUCUGCAAGAGAAAGGUGGAAUGUCCAGAAGUCCCAGAGGAUCUCCAGCACUGGAUCAACUUUAUCUCUGCCAACAGCCAGGCUUUGAGGGCCGAGAGCGGACUGGAUGAGAAGAGCAAGUGAGGACCCAGCACCAAGCCCAUCCCAAUGGACAAUGAAAGACAAGAAUGUUAAAUAGCAAGCAUUAUAUGUGCAUGUUUACAGGCAGACAUCCAAAGACUCAGUCUCAGAGUGCUACAUUCUUUUAGUUAAUAAGCUGAAGAUUUUUUUUGAAAGAGACUCAGAUAUUUUCCUAUUGAUGUGGCAUGUUAUUUUUUCCUAUGUUGUGAGGUAUGCUAAGAGAGGAAAUCGGCCUACUGCUUAAUAACUUGUAUGCAAAAGGCUUUGUGGUAAGCCUUGACUGCGAAAAAUAUAGGCUGCAGGUGUGAUGAGAGAUAUUCUAUUGUCUGAAUAAAUGCGAAAUGACCGUGAA